AUGGACAUGGCCGACAGCCAGGGCCGCCGCCUUGCGGUCUCGGCUGGGUUUCCUGACCUGAUGAACGACCCAGCCUACGAUCCACGGGACAAGGGCAUGGAGGACCAGGACACCUGCCGCAUCUGCCAUGGCGAAGCCACCGAGGAAGAGCCGUUGUUCUACCCGUGCAAGUGCAGUGGCAGCAUCAAAUUCGUGCACCAACUGUGCCUGGUCGAAUGGCUAUCACAUUCCCAGAAGAAACACUGCGAGCUCUGCAAAACGCCCUUCCGUUUCACCAAGCUCUACGACCCGAAUAUGCCCCAGAGCCUACCGGCCCCUCUUUUCCUGCGACAGGCCUUUAUCCAGAGCUUUCGGACCCUUGUGACGUGGCUACGCUUCCUCCUCGUGGCAUUUGUGUGGCUGGCGUGGCUGCCGUGGUCGAUGCGUGCGAUCUGGCGAGCGCUGUUCUGGCUUGCUGAUGGCCGCUGGUCAGGCACUGAGACUGGUCAGCGCCAGGUGAUGCGAACUUUCCAGGAUGGCGCUACUCAAUUGAUCACAUACGCUGUCAAUGAGAUCCUUACCGACUCCGCCGGAUCAACAUACACGACCAAGUACGCGGGAACGUCGACCAUCACCCAUGCCGCAUCAUCUGCUGCUAGCGCUGUCCCCCAAGCGCAGUCAUCUAUGCCGAGUGUCACCGCAGGCGAGCCUUUCAUGCUCACCAUAAUCAAAAAAAUCAUUCCCGCCCUACUCAUACCUGGUUUCACCUCGACCGGAGGCCAAGGCGAUUCUAGCUCAGGUAACGCAACAACCAACCUGGUCAAACCUCGACAUCCAUCUUGGCUCUCGGAUGUGAAAUUCCUGAAUUCCUUGACUCCUUACCCUACCAUCAACAACAUGAUCAUCGACACCCUGGAAGGCCAAUUGAUCACGCUGCUCGUGGUGGUUGCAUUCAUCCUACUCUUCCUCAUCCGCGAGUGGGUUGUCCAACAGCAGCCCAUGGCGAACAUUGCAGAUGGAGAGCGCGAGGCCGCUGUCAACCUGAUUGCUAACAACCGCCCUGAGGAUGAACAGGACGCAGAAGGGAUUCCCCGACCCCUGUUCGGUCAACACGCCGAAAACCAUGUAAAUCAAGAACAUGGCGUUCACGGCCAUGACCCAGAUGACGACGCCCGCGCGCAUUCUCCGGCCCCCUCAUGGAGUGAUGCAGAGAGUGAUUCCAAUGCCUCGUCUGCAGCUCAUUCUGAAGGUGAUCCGUUCGGUGCCCGUGUCCCUGACUCUCGUCCGGGUUCUCACACUGGGCGAGUAAGUCACGUCCGAGAGAUUUAUGCCCGAGCCAACGGCAAUCGUGAUGAAAUGUUUCGAAUUCUUCAGGAGGAAGGUCUAGAGGAUGAGCUGGGCUGGCUCGUGGACGCGCUGACACCAACACCACUGACCCAGGCAUCACCGCUGGCUGGACAGCCAUCGUUUCAAGCGGCAGAGUCUAGCACUCGUGCACCUGAAAAUGUCGACAAUGAACACGCAGAGCCGUCUGGUCCCUCCAACAGUGACAAUACUGGCCCGACGCAGCCCACCGAUGCUCACGACGACCAGCAACCGGUCACCAAUAACGAAGCAGCCGCUGCAAACACCUCAGCUACCGAGAACCGCGAGACAGAUACUCCUCACCAUCCACAGGGGGCUGUGGAGCGGCUCUUUGAUUGGUUCUGGGGGGAUAUUACUCCGGUCAAUCAUGAUGCAUUAGAACCAGUGCCGGAAGAUGACGAACAGAUCGUCCAAGACCCAGCAUUGGAGGAUCCCUUUGUGCCCCUGCAACCCCGCGCCGAAGACGCACAGGCCGACGGUGACAUUGCGGCCGCUGGAGACGCUGGUAUGGAUGCCAAUGAUAUGGAUGCCAUCGAAGGCGACGAUUUCGAAGGCAUCAUGGACCUCAUUGGCAUGCAAGGUCCCAUCUUCGGGCUGUUGCAAAACGGUGUCUUCUGUGCGCUUCUGAUAGCCUUCACUGUAGCCCUGGGAAUCUGGCUGCCGUACCUGUGGGGUAAGAUCGCUCUCGUUCUCCUGGCCAAUCCCGUGGAGCUUGUCAUCGGCGUUCCCAUGACCGCUAUCACCGUGGUCGCGGACAUUGCCCUCGACACACUGAUUGGCAGUCUGGGCUACCUGAUGUACGGGCUGAGUUUUGCGCUGAGUCCUUUCGGUGCCGUUAUCCCCAUUGGAAAAUGGAUUCCUCGAGGCAAAUCAAUCACGAGUGCAUCGCUUUCUCUGAUCGACGCCAGCAGCAACCGCUUGCACAAUGUCGUCAAGUCUUUCCUCAUGUUUCACCAGACUGAUAUCCCCAUGUUUUCUAUUCUUUCACACCAAGCGCUCAGGCUUCAUCAAGCCCGCAUGUCUGCGGUAUUCCAAUCGGGUUUGACCUUCAUCAAGUUUAUUGUGCAUGAUCUUCCUCUUCGCCUUGCCACUCUCGGAUUUUCGGGUUCAUUCUCAUUCAACUCGAAUAUGUCUCAGUCUAAGGAGGUUAUUGGGCUAGCAUGGCAACAGCUCAGCAAUCUCACAAAAUCUUCCAUAUCUCGCACAAGUUUCAUGAAUGGAGAUGUGGCCAAGACAGCUGCGGCUACAAUACCCGUUGAUUAUGACUUGGCUGUAUGGGACACCAAAGACCGCAUCAUUGCCAUCUUGAUGGGCUAUCUACUUGCCAGCAUCAUGGGACUCCUCUAUCUUCGGAUUACGGGAUUCUUGUCCGGGGCGAGUCGCGGCCAGCGGAUUGAAGGCAUAUUCGCUGAGAUUCUCCUACAAGCAGGGGGCGUCAUGAAAGUCAUUCUCAUCAUCGGGAUAGAGAUGAUUGUCUUCCCUCUCUACUGCGGCACGCUUCUAGAUGUUGCUCUGCUGCCCCUUUUCUCCAGUGCCACAAUCGCAUCCCGCAUCGCCUUUACUGCCCGAUCCCCGCUCACCUCCCUUUUCGUGCACUGGUUCAUUGGGACUUGCUAUAUGUUUCACUUCGCGCUAUUUGUCUCCAUGUGCCGAAAGAUUCUGCGGAGCGGUGUUCUUUAUUUCAUUCGUGAUCCGGAUGAUCCAACAUUUCAUCCCAUUCGUGAUGUCCUCGAGCGCAGCAUUACUACUCAACUACGCAAGAUCGGGUUUAGUGCCUUAGUUUACGGUGCUUUGGUGAUCGUCUUCCUCGGCGGGGUUGUAUGGGGCCUGCAUUUUGCUGUCGACGGCGUCCUUCCCCUCAAUUGGUCUUCUAGUGCUCCGAUGCUUGAAUUCCCGGUCGAUCUCCUGUUCUACAAUUUUGUCCUGCCACUGGCAGUCCGGUCACUCAAGCCGUCCGACGGACUGCACGAUCUGUAUGACUGGUGGUUCCACAAGUGCGCCCAUUUCUUGCGUCUCAGCAACUUCUUUUUCCCUGAGAGACACCUGGAAGAAGAGGGCCAUCAUGUCCGGCGGUCAUGGUGGGGUGUCUUAGUAGGACGCAAGGGCGACUGGGAAAACCCCGUCAUCGGCGAGGAUCAGCGAGCCGUGGCCGAACAAGAAAAUCGCGACGCUUACUUUGUGCGGGAUGGCAGAUACGUUCGAGCUCCUGCUUCCGAUCAGGUCCGUAUUCCCAAGGGGACACGGGUGUUCGUGGAGGUGACCGAAGAGAAUGAACGGGUCGAUGGCAAGCCUGACCCGGACGAUGGGCUUCAUGGCCGGUCCAGCAACUCGUUCACCCGAGUUUACAUUCCGCCAUUUUUCCGGACUCGCGUUGCUGCCUUUAUUCUUUUGAUCUGGCUGUUCGCCGCCACCACCGGGGUAGGCAUCACCAUUAUCCCGUUGGUCAUUGGCCGCAAGAUCAUCUCAUCCUGCGUGUCGAACCCGGUACCCGUGAACGACGUCUAUGCCUUCUCCUGCGGCCUGUGUGUGGCGGGAGGAGUUGCCUACAUCGCCUUCCACUGUCGCACCAUCCUUGGCCUGCUCCGCGAGCAGGCGGCGACAUUACUUCACAACCCUCGACAGGUUGGACAGGCCCUUGCCGCUGUGACGGCCGAUGCCGCGCGGCUCCUUUACAUCGCAGCCGUGUUUGUCGUUCUCCUCCCGUCUCUAUUUGCGCUCCUCAGCGAGCUGUAUCUUCUCAUCCCGAUGCACACGUUCUUCGACGGUGGCCACUCCCAUGUCGUCCACCUCGUCCAAGACUGGACCCUCGGCGUGCUUUACGUCCAAAUGGCCAUCAAGCUGACCCUAUGGCAUCCCCACUCCUGGGCGGCCGCCAUCCUCAACGGCAUUUUCCAUGACUGUUGGUUCCGACCGAAUGUCACCUUGGCCACCCGCGCCCUGGUCCUCCCAGUCAUUCUCUUCACUGUGGUCGCAACGGCCCUGCCUCUAUCGGUGGGCUUCUGCGUGCGGUGGGCCAUGUUCACCUCCCGCCCUGAGCUCCCGUCGGACAUCUACCGGUACGCGUACCCAGCCACGCUGCUCCUGGGUCUAGCUCUGUGGACCGUGCAUCUGGUCCGGCGCCAAGUGGCUCUCUGGCGCAUCGACAUCCGCGACGAUGUCUACCUCAUCGGGGAGCGCCUGCACAACUUCAGCGAGAAGCGGGCGCGGGAUGUCGGUGUAUCGCGGCGGGUGAUCACCGAGUGA